AUGACAGAAUGGUCAAAGGCAAAGAUUGGUAGAGAAAAAGAGUGUGAAGCUGCACUACAGCGCCUUAGGGGGGAGAAUGCUGAUAUCUCCCAGGAAGCUGCUGAGAUCAGAGACUAUACAGAAACCCUUCAACGGCUUUCAGAAGCUAGUUUUCUUGACUUAUUCCAAUGGAAAUAUGCUCAUUCACUCAUUGUUGGAGUUGGCCUGAUGGUACUACAACAGUUUGGAGGGGUCAAUGGCAUCGCAUUUUAUGCAAGUGCUAUAUUCAUAUCAGCUGGGUUUUCUGGUCGUCUUGGGACUCUAGCAAUGGUUGCUGUUCAGAUUCCAAUGACGGCAUUGGGUGUACUUUUGAUGGAUAAAUCUGGACGCCGACCGCUUUUACUGGUUUCUGCGGCCGGAACAUGCUUAGGUUGCUUUUUUGUAGGGUUGUCCUACUUCUUCCAGGACCUUCAAAAAUGGACGCAGAUCGCUCCAAUUUUAGCACUUGUUGGUGUACUGGUAUACACAGGAUCCUUCUCAUUAGGCAUGGGAGGAAUUCCAUGGGUUAUAAUGUCAGAGAUAUUUCCCAUAAAUAUGAAGGGCUCGGCCGGCAGCCUUGUGACAUUGGUUAGCUGGUUAGGUUCUUGGAUUAUCUCAUAUGCUUUCAACUUCCUAAUGGAUUGGAGCUCAGCAGGAACAUUCUUCAUAUUCUCAAGCAUAUGUGGCUUGACUGUCCUGUUCGUAGCAAAGUUGGUGCCAGAGACUAAGGGGAGAACACUAGAAGAAAUUCAAGCUUCGAUGAAUCCAUUUUCAGCAAAAUGAUGAAUUUGGUACCACAAUCACAAAAUCUGUGUGCUUAGAUUAAUCAAAUGAUAGGAAUCUGUGGGAUUAAAUCGAUGGCUUCGAGGGGUCGGACCUCAAAUCUAUUGAGUAUUUUCCUUGAUAAAUUAUCCUUUUAUAAAGGGGAUUUCAGCUUAUUUUGGGAAUACAA